AUGUCUGUAUCUGAACAGUCCCAAAAUGGCACUCACACGCCAGUAAACGACUCUAUCCUUGAAAAAGAGGAAAAGGGUCAACUUCCUACCUUGCCUAAGAAGGCCGCCAAGGACUACAUCUUCAUCUCCUUGUGUUGUUUCCUUGUGGCCUUUGGUGGUUUCGUUUUCGGUUUCGAUACCGGUACCAUUUCUGGUUUCGUCAACAUGGACGAUUUCCUUCAAAGAUUCGGUCAGCAGAACUCCAGUGGUGAGUACUACUUGUCUGAUGUGAGAACCGGUUUGAUGGUUUCUAUCUUUAACGUUGGUUGCGCCAUCGGUGGUAUUCUCUUGUCCAAGGUUGCUGAUAUGAGGGGCAGAAGAGUGGGUAUUAUGGUUGCCAUGGCUAUCUACGUUGUUGGUAUCAUUGUGCAGAUUUCUUCCCAGGACGCUUGGUACCAGUACUUCAUUGGUCGUUUGAUCACUGGUCUUGCUGUUGGUAUUGUGUCUGUGGUUUGUCCACUUUUCAUUGGUGAGUCUUCUCCAAAGCACUUGAGAGGUACUUUGGUCUGCUGCUUCCAGUUGUGUAUCACCUUGGGUAUUUUCUUGGGUUACUGUACUAACUACGGUACCAAGGAGGCCUACAACGACUCCAGAACCUGGAGAAUCCCAUUGGGUUUGUGUUUCGCUUGGGCCAUUAUGUUGGUUGGCGGUAUGUCUUUCAUGCCUGAGUCUCCAAGAUACUUGGUUGAGAAGAACAGAAUCGACGACGCCAGAAACUCCAUCGCCAGAUCCAACAAGGUUUCUGUGGAAGACCCAGGUGUGUACACCGAAGUGCAGCUUAUCCAGGCUGGUAUUGACCGUGAGAGAUUGGCUGGUACUGCUGGCUGGAUGGAGUUGAUCACUGGUAAGCCAAAGAUGCUCUACAGAGUCAUUCUCGGUAUCGUUCUCCAGUCCUUGCAACAGUUGACCGGUAACAACUACUUCUUCUACUACGGUACCACCAUUUUCAAGGCUGUUGGUAUGGACGACUCUUUCCAGACCUCCAUCGUUUUGGGUGUUGUCAACUUUGCUUCUACUUUCGUUGGUAUUUACGCCAUUGAGAAGAUGGGCAGAAGACUCUGUCUCUUGGUCGGUUCCGCUGCCAUGAGUGUGUGUUUCAUCAUCUACUCUGUUCUUGGUUCCACCCACUUGUACAUUGACGGAUACGAGAACUCUCCAGACAACACCAGAACUCCAACCGGUAACGCAUUGAUUUUCAUCACCUGUUUGUUUAUCUUCUUCUUCGCCUCGACCUGGGCCGGUGGUGUUUACUGUAUCGUUUCCGAGACUUACCCAUUGAGAAUCAGAUCCAAGGCCAUGUCUGUUGCUACUGCUGCCAACUGGAUGUGGGGUUUCUUGAUCUCCUUCUUCACGCCGUUCAUUACCAGUGCUAUCCACUUCUACUACGGUUUCGUUUUCACUGGCUGCUUGAUCUUCUCCUUCUUCUUUGUGUUCUUCUGUGUUCCAGAGACAAAGGGUCUUUCCUUGGAAGAAGUCGACGAGUUGUACGCCUCCAACGUGGUGCCAUGGAAGACUGGCAACUGGACUCCUCCAUCUGUCGAGUCCAUGGCCACCACCACCGGAUUCGCUUCUGAGUCCAAGCCUGCUGACGAACAGGUUUAA